AUGGACACGACGGUGCUGAUCUCCUGGCUGGCACUGGCCGGUACGCUGCUGCUCGUGGCGCUCCUGCUAUGCCGCCUGAUACAACCGUACGACAUCGCCUGGUUUCUGUCGAACCGCGAGGACAAGAGCAACCUGUCGAAGAUGCGACUGUACAACGCGAACGGCUACCUGAUGCGCUCCGGCUCGGAGAUACUGCUCGGUUCGACCGGCAGCUUCCGGCGCUUCGAUUCGGUCGACCGCGACUACCGGCCCCAGGUGCCGAGCGCCACGGCCGUUCCGCCGUGGCACCGCUCGACUGACGACCCGGACAUUCCGCCCCAACCGCUGCGUCCGGCGCCCUCGCCCCGGGAGGCGAAGGUGACCCGCGAUAAGCCAAUCCACCGCCAAACGUCCGAACCGGACUCCACCGCCCGCUCGAUCAUCAUCUCGCCCAUUCCGCGGCCGGUACCGCGGAAGCAGCACUCGGCGCCGCUAUCGUUUCCGCUACCCCUGCUCGGUUCGCCGCGUGAAAAACGCGGAGGGCCUGCAGCAUCAGCAGCAGCAACAGCAGUGGUGCCCUCUCCUCCCGUGCACGCACCUUGCACGAAUCCGUUCCUCGGCGGGGUGCCGUUCAAGGAAGAGUGCGGUGAAGGACUCGCCCCGACUGCUACCACCCGGACGCCUACCAAACCGGUACCGGGUAGCGCCCUGCGUGCCGUCACGAUCGCUUCUCCGGUCCACCCCGGGGUGCUCCGUGCGCUCCACUCCGCCAACAAUCCGUUCGUCGAUGCGUCCUCCACACUGCUCCAACAAUCAACUGGCAAUCAAACGAACCAAUAUCGCCAUCAGCAACAACAACAACAAGCUUGCAUUUUCAGCUUCGAACCGGCGACGGUGCAGUCACUGUACAAUCGGUCGAACCCUUCGCUGCCGGCACCACUUACCGGCACCACCACCAAGCUGCCAACGUCGGCGACGCCAGCGGCCACCCCGGAGGACGACCCGCUCCGGCGGGCGGAGAAACGGCUCAGCACGAUGGAGAAUCUACGACGGAUGUCGCGCCUCAUCGAGAGCAAUCAGUUGCUGCUGAACAUCUACCAGCAGUUUAACCGCACGGUGUCGGAACCGCAUCCGGAACCACCAGCUGCUGUUCCUCCGGCCUCAGCUCCCAGCCCGGACCCAGACGCGGAUCGUUCGCGACCAUCCAUGGCGCACACACGACCACCUUACCCAGGCGGACCACCGGCGGCCGGCGAGCCCGUUCCGCCCUGCCUUGACAGGUACCGUGAUUCCCCCCGCACCGACGCCGUCGAUAGCCUGCGGCGGGUACCGUCGGUUUCGCGCAACAUCAAGCACAUCCUGCGCAACCGUUCCUUCUCGGAGACGGAGUUUAGCGAGCGGGCCCUGGCGAAGACGCUCGCGAUGCUAUCGGAAUCGGAGCCACCACCGUCACCACCGGCCGCCACCAUGAUGAAGCACGCGUCGUACCGGGACUUGAGUCGCUACGUACCGGGUGCCGGCGCUGGCGGCCGAGUAGGGCCCUCCCACGGUCAGCGGACGGUCAGCGAGACGCUACACAAGACGGUUUCGGAAUCGUUUCUCGAGCAGUACUCGCUGCUCGGACGCUGUGGCCCGACGGGGGUGCCAGCCGGCGAGCCAGUAGGCGAUGAGGUCGCGGGUGCGGCGUGCGAACGAUUCCGCCCAACGACCACGGUCCUUCCGUCGUCGUCCUGCGAAUCGGUCGCAUCGCAGUCGUCGGUCGUGUUCGCGGACCUUACACCGAGCCUGUACCGGGGCUAUCUGUGCGUGGGACUGCAACCUGACAGGUCCGGCGGCGGUGCGGAGCUGGCCGUUACGGUGCAGGAGGCAAAGGAUCUGGUUAGGCCGGGUGGGCCGUCCGACGCGGGCGAGAUGGAAACGUUCGUUAGAGUUUUCAUGUCCACCGACAAGGCGAAUGCGGUACAGACCAAGGUCUGUGCAGGUUCGGCCGGUCGGCCAAGCUACGGCGAAACUUUCCGCUUCCGGAUCCCGGCCAACGGUGGCACCGGUGGGCGGCGGCAAACACUUUGCUUUCAGGUGUACCAGAACGAUGCCCGGUCGCCGGCGCUAAUAGGUGAGGCGGAAGCGCAGAUUAACGACACCAGCCAGCAGUGGCCGACGACAACGUGGCUUCAGUUGCGCGACUGCAGCUACCAGAAGGGCUCGCAUCUAGGCGAACUGAUGUUUUCGCUCAGCUACCUCCCGACGGCGGAACGGCUGACCGUGGUGGUGGUGAAGGCACGCAACAUCGUCCUAAAGCCGCGCAUCGUCGACAGUGGGCGACGGGGAACGGUCCACGGUAACGAGCCGGCGGCACUGGAUGGUCCACCGGCUGCACCCGACACCGUCGGUCCCGAUCCCGAGUGCGGGGGAAAUAUUUUCGUGAAGGUGUAUCUCCUGAAGAACGACCAGAAGGUGUCGAAAAAGAAAACGUCAGCCAAGCGGGCCGAACAGUUUCCGAUUUACAAUGAAGCGAUCAUCUUCAGCGUGCCGCCAUACCUGCUGAACGCGGUCCAGAUACGGUUGUCGGUGGUGCAGAUGGUGGCCCGAGCGGAAACGUCGCCGUUUCCCGGAGACGGCGUCGACCGGGCGGGAUACCGGAGAAAGCCGAGCGUGAAGCUCGUGUCGCUGGGGCACGUCAUCAUCGGGAGCGGGACGACGGGCAAGGCCUUGCGGCACUGGCACCAGAUGCUUACGGCGCUCCGCAAACCCGUGGCGAUGUGGCACGGCCUGCGCAGCACCUCGGAACGCAAACAACCCCGGUCCGGUGCCGGAGGCGGCACGGAUCAUCAACACGACCAACUUCCCGCGGAUGCUUGAACGAACUUGUGUGUGUGUGUUGCCAACUGUGUCGCGCAAUGCGCAAUCGUUCUAUUCGAUUGAGUAACAUUCUCAUAUCUAUAUGUGUAUAUCUUCAUACGUGUAUGUACUUUUGUUCUCCGCCAAACCGCCGACUAUUCGCUACCGACGCCCGUUGCAACCGGUUCUGUGCGAUUGUCACGAUCAACAUCAGGAAUGCCUUUAACAGCGCCA